AUGAAUAAAAUAAUGAACAGUAAAGAGAAUAAAACAAAUUUAGAAGCGUAUUUGUCCUGGAUCGAUGCAAUCUUGAACUUGUGUAACAAAAUCGACUCAGUAUGUACAAAAUUGGACAAAAAAUUCCCAAGCGGAGCAAACUCAAGCCAUCUGAAAAAGUAUAAACACUCAAUUAACGUUUACGAGAUAAUAAAGCACUAUAGUUGGCAAAAUAACAUCAGAACAAAGGAUUUGAUAAACAAAUAUAAAAAUAAUAGUGAAUGGAAACUAGAAAAUAUCAUUAAAAACACAGGCAAAACUUAUAAUAAUGAAAUGGUUCAAAUUAAUUGUGGAAAUAAAGCUUGUUUAGGUCAUUUUGGAUUGAAUGGAGAAAUAAGUGGUACUAAAUUAAUAAAAAGAAGAGGAGAAGACAAAGUUAAGAUAGAACAGGGUUUUAAAAUAGAUUUGAACAGUAAAUGUGGAAAUAAAAGGAACCAAGACAAAAGAUAUGAGUUAGAAUCUGAGAUUCUGAAGAACCUGGAAGUUGGACAAAAAAUCUUUAUUACCAGCAAAAGUUCAACAAAAAAAUCAGUGGAAUUUACAAAAAUAACUCAAGAUUAUGACUAUUUGCUAAACGGAAAGGCUGGAGAAAAUAAAAUCAAAAUCAUCAAGUACCAAGAACUUUUCUGUGAUGUUCCGGGGGUAUAUUGGGAUAAAAGAUCGUGGAUAGCAUCAUGGUAUCAACACGGCAAAAGAUACUAUAGAAGCUUUUCAGCCAAACUUUACGGUUUUAACAGAGCAAAGUAUUUCGCAAUUCAAUCAAGACUCUCUAAUUUAAAUUGCUCUAGAAAAUAUACUCCAAGAAAACAUUCAAAAUACAUUGUAUAG